AAGCCAAGAACAUGGGCAAGCAUCCUACAGAUCGUAGAGAAAAAUCCUCCACACAGAGUAGACGACCAAAGCCUUAUGGAAGUAGACCUCAUGUCGACGUGCUCUUUGAAGGAGUUCCUCCUACCAAAAAGAACAACCCUUCCUCCAUUCCCCCUAUCAGUGGAAAACGGAACUUCAACAAUGCCUCGGUGAGACCUGCAGAUGUCAAAGGGAAAGCUAAGGCUUCACCACCUCCGUCUAGCGAUGUACCGACAGAUAUCAAUGACCUUCUGGGUCGAGAGGAAGAGAGGAGCGGGGGAACGUUCAUCAUUGUCGCUGGAUCAUAUGAGAAAUUGCUCUAUGGUAUAGAAGGCUCUUUCCGACCCGGGGAACAUAAACCGACUCUGAAACCGAUAUUCAUCUUCCCAGCUCAUCUAGGUUGUGUCAAAGCUGUUGCUGCUAGUCCUGGAGGAAAGUGGUUGGCGACGGGAAGCGAGGACGAGUUUAUCAAAGUAUGGGAUUUGAGGAGAAGGAAAGAAGUCGGUAGUCUAUCUCAACAUUCUGGAUCCAUAACCUCUCUCCACUUCCCCACAUCCUCCCACCUCGUCUCAACCAGCGUUGACGCCACCUUAUCCCUCUUCCGCACUUCAGAUUGGGCUCUGCUCAAGUCUCUGAAGGGCCAUUCGGGCAGAGUUAACGAUGUGGACAUCCACUAUACGGGUCGGGUGGCACUCAGUGUAGGGAAGGACCAGACUUUGAAAAUGUGGGAUCUGAUGAGAGGUCGGGGAGCGUCUAGUCUGGCUCUAGGUCAAGAGGCAGAAUUGGUCAGCUGGAGUCCCACCGGAAUGUUCUUCGCCGUACUCUUCACCCACAAGAUCGAAAUCUACUCCCUGUCAAUCAAGCUGCUUCAUACCCUGGAGUCCAAAAUUCGUUUCAACACUAUGACGAUCGCGUCACUACCAUCAACAGACCCAGAUGGACAACCUACUUUGGUCUUAUGCGUCGGUACCGAAAAGGGCGUGGUUGAGGUACAUAGAUUGGAGGAGCCUAUUGAGGAAGGUGAUCCUUGGAAUGUGAUCAAAAUCAGCACACUUGGUGGGCAUACCAACCGCAGGAUCAAGUCAGUGUCGACGCUUGAUUUCACAAGAGAUGGUAUAGCGUCAACACUCCUCUCGAGUGUUUCAUCUGACGGCUUGAUCAAUGUCUAUGAUUUAUCUCCAGUGAUGGAGAAGUCGGAAGAGACAUCACAGCCCAUCGCGACGUAUGAUACGAAAGGAAGUAGAUUGACGUGCGUGGUGAUGGCAGAUGGCAAGAAGGAAUUCAAAGCAUCGAAGGGGAAAGUGAAUAAACGACCUGAGGACGAAGUUGAGUCGGAUGGGGACACGUCAGGGAGCGAAGAAGAAGGGGACGAUGAUAUAUACGACGCAUCAGGUGAUGAGGGGGAAGAUGGCGAGGGAGAGGAUGGAGUGGAGGUGGAACUUGAGGAAGACGAGGAAGAGGAAGAGGAAGAAGAGGAAGGAGAGCAUCCUGGGCCUCCACCCUCAUCCACGAUCGUUGAACCCCCUCGGAGCCCGCGUCCUGAUCUCUCAAGUCAGGCUCCCACAGAAGGAGCAUCUACUCCUCUGGAUGGCUUAGCUCCUCUCGAGGUUUCGACUUUAGAACCUUCGCCAGUAGACGGAGUACCGACGCCAAACCUCCUACCAAGAGAUGCACCUCUUCCUCCGACCCCGCAUCCUAAUGAUGAAACACCUCCAGAAUUGACACCUGGGCUGAUUCCUCCUGUUGUGUCAACACCUACAGUUUUCACCAUUGAGGAAACACCCUCACUCGUGGCUCCAGCGGCGGAUCAGGAGCCGGCGCCCAUGACACCUCCACCAGCAGCGCUCAAUGUGAUACCUGAAGCUUUUCCAACACCUUCUGGAACAACUCUGAAGCGUGCCGGUGACGAGCUCGAUGGCCGUGAAGAGAAGCGGGUGAGGGAGGAAGCCGCUGAGCAAGCGUUACCGAUAUCAGAGCCUUCGUCUCAGCCUGCGGGAGAAGCCACAAGUCAGCCCGCCCUCCCCCUCAUACCGUCGAUCCAUCGCGAAUACGUACCUCCCCCUCCACGAGCAUCAGGACCUACGACACCUAUCACAUUGACUCAGCACAAACACUUGCUUGCCGCCGUUCGAGCUCUGAAGAAAAACCCCAAUGGCGUGUCGUUCCUCGAACCAGUGGAUCCGAUCAAAUACGGCAUCCCCACCUACUUCCAGGUGAUCGCGAAGCCCAUGGACCUGGCUACAGUGGAGACGAAGUUGAUUGUUAGCGACCCUCGCGGUCCUCCCAAAGAUAAGUCGAAGAUGAGUAAAUGGGACACAAGCAAGGGGACUUACGGGAGCGUGAGUGAAGUUGUUGAUGAUGUCAGACAGAUAUGGGAGAACACGAGGAUGUUCAAUGGGCCUACGCACGUGGUGUCAUUAGCUGCGGACAAGUUGGAGGAGAGUUUAGAAAAGGCUCUCAGGAAUCUGCCGGCAGAGCCUUUGCCUUCUGCUUUACCAUCACCUGCAACUCCCGUCGCUGGCCCGUCUGUCCCUCUGACCAGUCGAGGUUCCAUGUCUCAACCACCCGUCAUUCGUCGUACGUCCGAAGGACUUGAGUCGCGACCAAAACGUGAGAUUCACGCGCCAUCCAAGGAACUCACCUACGCCGAAGGCGCUCGUAAGCCAAAACGUCGCAAUGAUCCCCAACUUCAAUGGGUCGUUAAGACCUUGAAAACUCUGGAAAGUACAAACAAACAUUACAAUGCAGUAUCACCUUUCCUCUUCCCGGUGGACCAAAUCAUUGCGGAUUUACCGGAAUACGCCAAAGUCAUCAAGAAGCCCAUCGAUUUGCAUAUCAUCAAAGCCAAACUUGACGAUGGUGUAUACGAAGAUGUCUCAGAGGUAAAUGCGGAUAUGAAGUUGAUGAUCCGCAAUGCUACCACAUACAAUCCUCCUAAUCAUGCAGUCCACACUGCCGCUCAGCAACUGCAACGAUUAUGGGAAGAGAAAUGGCGUGGGUUACCUCCCAAAGUCGAUCCUGCUGCGGCUGCGCCUAGGGACACACCGAGCGACUUGUUGGACGAAGAUGAUGGGGAUGACGAUGAUGCCGCGUUGCAACAGAAACAAGCGAGGUUGGCCGAAUUAAGGAAAGAGAUGACUGUGUUGGAGAAAGAGAUUGCGGAUAUUCAAGCUAAACCUCGUAAGAAGGUUAAGAGCAAAAAACCUAAGGCGAGGAAACAAAGCGUUUCGAAAGUUUCCCCGGGAGUGAAUGGCCAUGCGAAGAAACCGAGAAAGAGCAAGGAGGCGAGUUUCAAAGAGGAGGAAGAAGAAGAGGAAGAGACGGCUCUGACAAUGACUCAGAAACAAGAGUUGGCAGAUAAGAUGGGUGCGGCGGAUGAGGAUACGUUGGGGAAAGCUAUCGCCAUCAUACAAGCUACCACGACUAUAGGAGAUUCCGGAGAAAUCGAAUUAGACAUCGAUUCACUUCCCCCUCUGACCCAAGUCAAACUCUACAACCUGGUCUGUCGAGGAGGUCGCAAACUCACUCGGAAGGUCCAAAAGUCCAAACCGAGUCUUGGAAGUGGGAGAAAAGCCACGGGAGGUACUGCUCGUAAGAGUAUGAACGAGCAAGAAGAGGCGGAGAGGAUUAGGAGGAUGGAAGAACAGUUGAAAGGGUUUGAUAGUGUUCCUCAACAAGGAUGGGAUAGUGAGAGCAGUGAAGAGGAGUCGAGCGAGGAGGAGUAAGCAGGGAUUUCAUCAGUCAAAAUUGCAAAUCUUUUGACCGGUGGUAAGGAGAGUGCUUCUAAACUCCUCUCUCUUUGAGAGUCAGUCGUCAGAAGGAGCAUGUGAUGGAAUGGAGUACUCGUCGGAAGAGAUUCUGGUGGUGUUCCAAAUCAGUCGUCAGAAGUGGUGUCAAUGAAGAUGUUUGAAGUAUAUAUCGUUCAAAGUGUGGUCAAACAUGCGUAUGAAUCAAGGGUUCCGAGUGUC